GCGAGGGGUGCCCGCUGACACCGGGAACCGGGGGGUCCCCAAAGCCCCGCCCGCCGUGGGAUGCCCCGGGCUGGGUGACCCCCGUCUCGUCGCCCGCCCUUCGCUGGCAACCGCUUUGCAUCUGCACCGCAAGGAACCGGACGCCGCUGCUCGGAUGAAUGCCACGAGCGCUAACACGAUUACCUCUGCUCUGCAGACGGGAGCCCGAAGCGCUGAGGAUAAGUGGCUUGGCCAAGGUCUGUACGUCCUCGCCAUUGCCUUUGCCCUGGAGGUGUCGGUGGGAAAAACCAACACUGUGAUGGCUCUGAACGGCUCCGACGUCCUGCUGCCCUGCACCUUCACCACCUGCAUUGGCUUCGACAACCUGGUCUUCACCUGGUAUUUCAACUCGACGGAGCUGAUCUACCACGGCAAGAUCAAGAGCAAAACCUCCGAGCCCGUCCUCGUGGGACGCAACCCGCGGGUCGAGUUCGUCGGCUCCACCACCGGGAAGGACAACAACAUCUCCAUCGUCCUGAAGGAUGUGGAGCUCAGCGACGCCGGCAGGUACACCUGCCACGUCCUCAACCCCAAGGAGAAGUUUGCGAGGCACAAUGCCACCAUCUUCCUCACCGUGGUCCAUAAGAUGGAGGAGACGGACAACACCGUGACGCUCAUCAUCGUGGGCGUCGUGGGCGGACUCAUCGGCCUCCUCAUCCUCUUCAUGCUCAUCAAGAGGGUCGUCCUCUUCAUCAUCAAGAAGACACAGGAUGGGAAGAAGGAGUGCCUCGUCAGCUCCUCGGGCAAUGACAACACGGAGAACGGCCUGGCGGGCUCCAAGGCGGAGCAGAAAGCCCCCCCGAAGGCGUGAAGCAGCCCCCCGCCCCGGGGAGGCGAGGUGGGGGCUGACGGGGAGCCUCUCCCUUUUGUUUUCUUUCCAAACUGCCAAUGCUCGAGACAUGUUUCUACUACACACGUGCCUGCAACCUGCGCUGCUUCUCGGAAAAGACUUCGGCUCCCGCGGGGACCGGGGGGGCUUCAGGUGGAUGGGAUGGAGCGAGCUGCCUGCCCUGCCCUGCGCUGGGGCCAGAGGGGCCGGGGGGUGCCGUGCAGUGCCGUGGGUUUGUGCUGGUUCUGCCUGUACUUACAUCCCCUCGUUUGAAGGUGGUGAUGCUUUCAGGGCUGGCUUUCCAAGGCUUCGCUCGUUACGUGGGUACUUUUGUAUUAGACUCCAGUGGGAAAGUGGCUGAGUGCAUUUCCCUUUCCCUCGAGGUAAGCUGUGGGGGGAGCACGAUUGGAUCCUAUGGGAAGAGCAGGGCCAGGGCUGUCCCAUCCCGGCGGGGUGACCCUGGGACGUCGCCGUGCCUGAGUUUCCCCAUCUGUGAAAUAGGGAAAGCAGUGCUGCUCUACCUCACAGGGGUUGCUGUGAGGCUUCUUUGGCUCACUCUUUGUAAAGUGCAUCAGGAUCUCUGGGUGAGGGGUGCUCAGGAAGCCAGAGGGUCCCCGCAGAGGGUUCCAGCACUGUGGAGACUUCGCUGUGCUUCACUUUCCCCAUCUGUAGCACAGGGCUCAGCCCUCAGCUGCCCGCCAGGGGCUCUGCACAGCGCUCCGGGCUCCCAGGGCAGAGGCACACUGCGAAUGCCCCGCGUUACCCCUGUCGCGCAUGAGAGCUUGGGCUGGAGCCGCCCUGAGACCCCCGGCCCCCCCUUGCAGAAAGCCUCCAGGGCAGGAAGGGAUUUUUUUACAGAACUGUUUUUAGCUGUCCUAUAACCCGUCAGCCUUUUUCAGUCGGUAUCUGGACACAGCUCCACCUACCCCAGGAUAUGCAAUGCUGUACUAUGCAUGGAUUAUUCCUCUGGCUUGAUGGAAGAAGUCAACAUAACCCGUGUAUGAAAUGCAGCUCUAUCCAUACGCCUGUAGAUGCAGUGUGGAAUGCAGUGCAGGGCGGGGGGGCUCCGUCAGGGCCCCCUCUCCUGGGGCCUUCCAUGGGCUCUGCAGGAUGAAGGCGCUGCCCGAGGUGCGAGCUGUGACGGACACAUGUGUAUACGCGUAUAUCAACACCUGUAGGAGAUACCUGCAAUAAACACCAGGUGUGCACCA